AAUAAAUAACAAGUUAUGCUCCUUCAAGUUCAGAACUUACGAAGCAACAACAUGCAAUACUCUCUGCCUCGUGAUCUCCUCCUCACCUUCUUUCUCUUUUCUAGCAUUUUCUCUGCAAGUCAUGCAUGCAACCAAAUAGACCGCAACUAUCUCUUGUCCCUACCCUUUAAUACUUCUUCCCCUUCUUUAAAUUGGUCUGCCACUGAUUGUUGCAAUUGGGAAGGUAUUUCUUGUGAUCAUAAAGGUCGGGUCACUCAUAUUUGGUUACCCUCUAAAGGCCUCAGAGGGAGUGUACCGCCCUAUAUUGGAAACCUCACAAGUCUCUCCCACCUCAAUCUCUCCCGCAAUGCACUUUCAGGUUUUCUCCCUGUGAGAUUCUUUUCCGCCUUCAAUCAACUCGAAGUCCUUGAUUUGAGCAACAACCAUCUAGCUGGAGAUGUAUCAUUAUUAUUUUCCUCUAAUGGCUCAUCUAACGGUUGGCCUUCCUCAAUUCGAUUACUUGACAUCUCCAACAAUGACUUCAAUGGGAUCAUCCAAUCUUGGUUCCUCCAACGUGCAGAGAAGUUGGACAAGCUCAAUGUAAGCCACAACAGUUUCACAGGCUCUAUUCCUAACUACCUCUGUAUGCAUUCUCCCUUUGUCAAGCUCCUUGAUUUCUCUUUUAAUCAUCAUAGUGGCCAAAUUCCUGGCGGACUAGGGGCAUGUAGCAAACUAGAGAUUUUUCGGGCAGGUUUCAACUCGCUCUCAGGACUAAUUCCACAUGAUAUAUACAGUGCGACAAGGUUAGAAGAAAUCUCGUUACCUUCCAAUAAUCUUACAGGUCCCAUUAGCAAUGACAUUGUGAACCUUACCAAACUCACCUGCCUUGAGUUAUAUGAAAAUGAAUUGAGCGGCAAGCUCCCUGUAGAUAUUGGAAAGCUCAACAGAUUAAAGCAUCUACUCCUUGAUACCAACCAUCUGACAGGUUCACUGCCCCCAUCUUUGAUGAAUUGCACAAACCUAAUGAUAUUGAACUUAGGGUUCAAUUUCUUUGAAGGAAAUAUUUCUACCCUUGAUUUCUCCCGUCUUCAUCAACUUGCUACACUUGACCUGUGGAACAAUAAAUUCACUGGUAGCUUUCCUAUAAGCCUUUCCUCAUGCAAGUCUCUGAGAGCAAUUCGAAUUGCCCGAAAUCAACUAGAGGGACAAAUCCCACCUGAGGUGGUUCAAUUAAAAUUCUUGUCUUUCCUUUCACUUAGCUACAAUAGGCUAACCAAUGUCACAGGGGCAAUCAACAUUCUGAUGCGUUGCAAGAGUCUUAGCCUCCUUACAAAAAAUUUUUUGCACGAGGCCCUGCCAACAGAGGACAGCAUAGUUGAUCCUGACGGAUUUCAGAAUCUCCAAUACUUGGGUCUUGCUCAAUGUCAACUCACAGGUCAAUUGCCAAUCUGGUUAUCAAAGCUUAAGAAGCUAGAAAUCCUGGGUCUAAGUUUCAAUCGUAUCACAGGUUCAAUUCCUGGAUGGUUGUCGACUCUACCAAGGCUCUCUCGUAUAAACUUGUCUCAUAACUUGAUUUUGGGUGAAUUCCCUAAAGAACUUUGUGCGUUGCCAGCAUUGGUAUCAAAACAAGCUCUAAUGGACAACAGUUCUUUGAUUUUUUCAAUCUUUGCAAUACGAAACGGUACCAUUUUUGAGUUCAAUUCGCUAUCCAACGUGGGACCGAAAAUAUCCCUUGAAAACAACGGUCUUAGUGGUAACAUACCCCUUGAGAUUGGUCAUUUGAAGCAACUUCAUGGUCUGAAUCUUAGCCAUAACUACUUCUCAGGCAACAUUCCAGACCAAAUAUCUGAGCUUACAAACUUGGAAAGAUUGGACCUCUCUGCAAAUCAGCUGUCUGGCAAAAUACCAAAAUCAUUCAUUAGUCUGCAUUUCUUGCAUGAGUUCAGCGUUGCAAACAAUAAUCUCUGCGGAGCAAUACCGUCAGGAACUCAGCUUCAGAGCUUUGAUGUCUCUGCAUAUGAGGGUAAUCCUGGACUUUGUGGCGCCCCCCUUCCAAACGAGUGUGGCCAUAUUCUUCAUAGCAACAAAGACAUUCAAGAUGAGGAAGAUGGACCUGCAAUUAGAUGGAGUCAUAUUAGUACUAUUCUUGGCCUCAUUAUAGGAUUUUGGGGAGUCAUUGGUCCUUUGAUUUUAAGCCAUAAUUGGAGAGUUGUGUAUUUUGAGUUUCUGGAAAACGUGAAAAAUAGACUUUGUGUAAUGGUUAGGAAUGUGCUUGGCUAAAUUUCAUCGAAAGACAUCAGUGCAUGAUCUUCUUUCUCGAAUUUGUAAAUUAAUCUCAACUAUCAGUUUGGUUUCUCAAGUU